GUUUGAAUUUGGUCGUUUGUUUGGAGGUUGCGGUGGGCUCAGGUUCCAAAGCUGUUAGAAGGUGAGGGAAAGCGCCAAAUUUGAAUUGGGGCUCCGCUUUUUCACGACGCUUGCCCACGGUGCUGUGUCGGGGGUUCGCUUGGAUUGACACGGAGUGGUUGUGUGUGCCUAAACAACCCAACAUUCGCUGCUUGCAGCCGGACUGAUAAUGGCUGAGUGGAGCUCAGCGGCCGCCAGCGCCGGGAGUCUUCUGGUGGAUUCAUCCGGUUUCGAUUCCAGACUCGCCGACUCCUCCAAGGAGCACCUCCUGAUCGAGACCGUAUCGGACGCCGUGGAAGGUGCACCUCUGCCAGCAGAAGUUAUAUUAGUAGGAAAAGUUGGGGACACUGAAGACGUUUUAAAAGCCUUGGAGACCAUUAAAGAAAUGGAGAUUCCUUUGAAGGUGAAGGAAAGCACGCCAAAUAGCAAGUUUGGACAACGGUUUAUAAAAUCUAUUGUAAAUAUGGAGAUCAAGCUACCAUUUGUUAAAUUGGAUAGUGUGCAAGAUUUUGACAAUGAAAAUGUUGAGCUUGAAACAAUAUUUGUGUUGGAAGAAUUUGAAGGCCAGCCUUAUGAGACCUUGCACAAGAGGAAUGCUAGAAUCUUGGGGCCUCCUGUGGUGUUGCAAUAUGCAAGGAAACGAGAGCCUUUGCCUUUCACAUCACGGCCGCUGUACUGCACAAGUAUGUUGGAUCUGGUCUUGUGUUUCACUGGAUUCAAGAAGGAGAAGAUGCUUAUUCUUGUUACCCUGGCACAUCAUAUGGGAGCAAUCAUUCGGAAAGAAUACACUGGUAAAAUAACUCAUCUUGUGGCCAAUUCUACUCAGAGUGGCAAGUUCCGGGCUGCUGUAAGUAUGGGCACUCCUAUCAUGAGAGCAGAAUGGAUUUAUGCUGCUUGGGAAAGGAGAAAUGCAAUUGAUUUUUGUGUUACCGAUGAAGUGUUUCGAAAUGAUUUCAAAGUGCCCCCGUUUCAAGACUGUGUGCUAUCUUUUCUGGGAUUCCCAGAUGAAGAACUCCGAAAUAUGGAAGAAAUGACUGAAAUGCAAGGAGGAAGAUACUUGCCUCUUGGUGGUGAAGCAUGCACUCACCUUGUGGUGGAGAAUACAAUAAAACAGCUGCCAUUUGAACCCACCAAAAAACUGUUCAUUGUAAAACAGGAGUGGUUCUGGGGAAGUAUACAGAUGGAUGCCAGAGCUGGAGAAUCAAUGUACUUGUUUGAAGAGUCAGAAAGUCCAACCCUGAAGACAUCAGUGUCUUUGCUUUCAUUGAAUACACCAAAUAGCAUGCGCAAAAGGCGCCGCUUGCGGGAUACGCUCACACAGUUUACAAGAGAGACUGACAGCUUCUCACCAUUCCCUCCACGCAAAAGGCCUUCAGCAGAAGCUUCUGUUUCACUGGGAUCAUUGUUGGACAUCUCUAACACACCGGACUCCUGUGGAGAAACUCCCAAAUCCAGUGUAAAAUCUUCAAAAUGCUGUGCAGCCAUUCCUGCAAAGCAGUCUGCACGGUGGCAAGUUGCAAUGGAACUGUACCAGACAGAAAGCAACUAUGUUGAUAUUUUAACUACCAUUAUCCAGCUAUUUAAAGUUCCUUUGGAACAAGAGGGUCAACUUGGAGGUCCUAUUCUUGCACAAGAAGAAAUAAAAACAAUAUUUGGCAGUAUUCCAGACAUUUUGGAUGUACACACAAAAAUUAAAACUGAUCUUGAGGAACUUAUUUUGAAUUGGUCAGAAAACCACAGUAUAGGUGCUGUUAUACAAAAAUAUUCAAAGGACUUGGUGAAGACCUAUCCUCCAUUUGUGAACUUCUUUGAAAUGAGCAAAGAUACUAUUGGGAAGUGUGAAAGGCAGAAACCAAGGUUUCAUGCCUUCUUAAAGAUUAAUCAAGCUAAACCUGAAUGUGGUCGCCAGAGCCUGGCUGAAUUGCUUAUCCGGCCUGUGCAGAGGUUGCCAAGUGUGGCGUUGCUGUUGAAUGACCUUCGCAAGCAUACCGAUGACGAUAAUCCUGACAAAGUCAGUUUGGAAAAUGCAAUUGAGCUGCUAAAAGAAGUAAUGACGCAUAUCAAUGAAGAUAAAAGGAAAACUGAAGGUCAACGACAAAUCUUUGAUGUUGUCUAUGAAGUAGAUGGUUGUCCUGCCAACUUAUUGUCAUCUCACCGCAGUCUUGUCCAGCGAGUUGAGACCAUUGUGUUAGAUGAUGACUUGUGCGACCGCGGUGAACAGGUCACAUUAUUCUUAUUCAAUGACUGUCUGGAGAUUGCAAGAAAGCGCCAUAAAGUAAUUAGUUCUUUCAAGAGUCCUCAUGGUCAAACGCGUCCCCCUGCCUCUCUGAAACACAUUAUGCUAAUGCCUCUUUCCCAGAUAAAGAGAGUACUGGAUAUUAAGGAGACUGAUGAUUGCCGCAGUGCAUUUGCCUUGGUGGUACGACCUCCAACAGAACAAUCAAACCUACUGUUCAGUUUCCAAUUAAUAAUGGAAGAACCCAAGAAGGAUUACUGGUUAAGAAUGCUUUGUCGACAUGUGGCAAACACAAUUUGCAAAGCAGAUGCAGAAAAUAUUAUUUUUAACACUGAUCCAGAAUCUCUCGAAAUCAACACAAAAGACGUGGAUAGCACAUUGAGCAGAGCAUCAAGAGCAUUUAAAAAAACCUCAAAGAAGGUUACGAGAGCAUUCUCAUUUACUAAAACACCAAAGAGAGUUUUGCAACGAGCACUGAUGGUUCACAGUACCCCUGAUACAAAGAGCCCAACAAAUAAUGGAACUUACCUGGGUAGUCGAUUGGCCAGUACAUCAUCUUUAGUGAUGUCCCGUUCUUCAUCCACCCGUGGUCUGAAUGGUUCAGUGAUGUCAGCAAACUGUGUAACUGUGCAGCGUUCUAAUUCUCUGGACUGUGCACCGAUUGGUGUCAGACCCAGAAACAUUCUUCGUUCACCCUCUACCCAUCUUAUCAACAGGAGUACAAUCGCCUUCACUGGUGAGUCUACCAGCAAUGUUUGAGAAAAAAUACCACACUUUCAGUCGAUCAACAACUCAUUUGAUAUAGCAGCUGCACCUCGGCUAAACAUGUAAAAUAAUAUUUUUGAUCAGUUGCAAUCAUUGUAAAAUUCUGAAUGAUAUCAAAUGGAAUUGUAUUUGAAGCAUGCAUAAUUUUAAGGAUAAUGCUGACUGUACUGUGGAUUUUUUUCGUUUAACCUUGUUCCAACAUUACAAUACUAUUCUCUACCUGAUUGAACAGUGUAAUUGAAGAAAUUUUGAUUGCUGUUUUUCUUGCUUCAGUUUGUACAUUUUUGUACAAGUUUAUUUAUUACUCUGCUUCUGUAGCCUUUUUAUUCAAACAUGUUUGUGUAUCAUUUUAAUGCAUUGAUUAAACUGACAUAAUCAACUUCCUGGGGAUCACUUUAGCCUAACUCUUCGCUCAAAUAAGGGAGCAGGUUCAGUGGAAUGCUGGUUUUACAAUGGCCUGAUAUAUAUAAUUGACUUUGGAAGAAUAAAGUUGAACAGGCUGUAAAAUGGGAGUUGAACUUGAUCCUGGAAAUUUCCCAAUGAGUGGAUUUGGUUAAAUUGCCUCAAAGUCUGUUGCUGCUAGGUAAUUCAUUGAAAUCCAUAAACUCAAGAUGGGAUAAACAGUAUCUUUAUUUAACCCUCAAAAUUAAAAUUUAGCAAUCCUAAUGUGCAAAUUACUUAAUACCUCCAAGAUGUUUGGUUCAGUUUUUCUCAAUUUAAAGUAUUUCAAAUUUUAUUAGAAGGGAAAUUUAACAAAGUAGUUUUCUGACCAACAUAAAUGGGUUGUUGCCUUAAUUUACAGCAGGGGGCAUCUUUCAACUUUACCCAAAGCUAUUUUUUUAAAAAGAUGGAGGUUCUGAUUAUGAUUCUUAUUAUAUAAAAUGUAUUAAAUUAUUUAGUCAAUGUCAAAGUACAGUUCUUAGAUGAUAACAUUUUUCUAGGUGCACCUCAUUAAAAUUAGCGACAUCUUAUGGAAUUUCAUUUUGCAUGUGUUAAACAUUCAUUUCUUUGCUAGAAUAUUUUUUGUAUAUUUGAUAUUUCUAUACUUUGAAUGUUUUGAUAAC